ACCAGGGCAGCCCGCCAGCAGCCAGAGCAGGCGCGCCGGGGAGGACAGCCGAGCCGAGCGGGACGGAGCGGAGGGCGCCGGCGCUGCUGCUGCGACUGCCUUUGCUGCGCUGAGUAAGCGGCCGCCAGCCCAGCCCAGCCGCCCGGCGCUUCUGCAGCGGGAGGAGGCGAGAGACGGGGCGCGCCGCGGGGGCUCGACGCCGCGCAACCUUCGGGGGCCGGAUCCUUUGCUUCGUCGACGGGAGGCUUUGCCCAGCACUGUGAAGGUCCAUCAUGUCUGACAGAAAGGCCGUGAUCAAGAAUGCGGACAUGUCUGAGGAUAUGCAGCAGGAUGCUGUCGACUGCGCCACGCAGGCCAUGGAGAAGUACAACAUCGAGAAGGACAUUGCAGCAUACAUUAAAAAGGAAUUUGACAAGAAAUACAAUCCCACUUGGCACUGCAUCGUGGGCAGGAAUUUUGGCAGCUAUGUAACGCACGAGACAAAGCACUUCAUCUAUUUCUACUUGGGCCAGGUCGCAAUCCUCCUCUUCAAAUCGGGAUAGGAGGCUGGUGGCGGUGAGGGGACACGGCAAGCGAGGGACCCGGACUGUGGUGUGCUGAAGGCAGGGAGUGCGCAGACUUCCUCUACCAUGGCUGUGCCACUGCAUGGACUGUAUACUAUAUUUAAUGUGUAUAUGUUGCAGUAAUACACCUAAAUUCUCUUUUGGUUGCCUGGGGGACGAAAGGCAGUCUCUCUCUUUUCUAAUUAUUUCCUGGGUUACUGCUUUUUUCUUCUUCUUUUUUUGUUCCUUUGCAAUAGGGAGAACUGUAAAUGCUUCAACAAUGGCCUUUCAGUGGGAAAAGGAAUAAAUAAAACAAACUUUAAUUCCACAAAGACAUCUCUUGGUGGUGUUAAUGUUUCUUGAAGCCGAACUUAAGCAAACCAAAACCAAAUGUUCUCACGAGGGGUUGAAUCAGACCGAGGUAUUUACCCACGUUUUUCUUUAUUGGGCCCCUGAAGAUUGUGUGACGCUCCUGCUCUAAGCCACCUUGGUAGUGAAAGGGAUGGGGGGCCAGAGAGGGCCUGUAUGCAGCUUCCAGUCUGAAUUUGCUUUGCAUUCCAAAGUCUUGUCUCCCAACACAAAUCUGGAACUGGGCUGGUGUUUCGUCAUCAUGUUCGGUCUUCUAAAUAGAUUCAAUUGGCCUUGGAUAAAUCUUGCUCCCUGUCCAUACCCCGCAAGUUGCCUUGUCUCUGCACUGGGAAUACACUUGGGGGGGUGUGGUGCAGAUGACAAGGCUCGUGUCUUUCAUGACGCCAGGCUGCUGUGAUCGGCCUCUUUUCUCUCCAUCCCUGUUUGAGUCAACAUUGCCUUAUUGCAGCUUACUUCCGACAACUGUUGUGUGGGAAGAUCUGUUAAAAAUCAGUGGCUUGAUGUCGUGUAGGUGCACUGUGUGGUUUUUUUUUUGUGGUGGGGGGGGGGAGACAACUGUUGGGUAGAGGCCAAUUCAAAAAUCUCCCUACCCCCCCUUAACAUAAGCCGGCAGAAACAGUCAAGCCAGUAGCAAAACUUCCAUCGUAGAAAACACGCCUGCUUCUAAAACUGAGAAGCUGUCUCUGAUAGGCUGCGUUGAUGUCAUCCUUAAUGUAUAGUUUAACCUCUGUUCUAUUGCUAAGGUGUGGAAUUGGCUGUCUCUGUUUUUUUUCUGUGAGUUCAUCCUCAAAAUGCACAAUGCAGUGAUAGCUUUAGCAGAAAUUGGGUGCUUCUGCUGUCAAGAGCCUAUAAAUUUGAGCUUAGGUAGAUUUUUUUUUUCUAAAACUGGGCAUGGGUGGGGACUAGAAAUAGCAUCUGUGAGUUAGAACCACCCCAGAACACAGAUCGGGAAACUCUUUCCAUCUGUCGGCUUGUAUGUCAUGCCUUGGGCAGGGGUUCCGAUUUCUUUUGGAAGACCCAAGCUGUCUAGUUCUGACAGAAGUUCUCCUUGUGUCUGCAAAAUCCCAAAUAUGCCUCAAACCUUGUACAAAAUCUCAGUCAAACCAUCUUGUUAAAAAAAUAAAAUAAAAUUAGAGGUUGAUGUAGCUGUUGUAUUUCAUGUUGACUUCAGUCUCCAACCUGAUGGAGGGUGUCAGGAAAGGUGAUGUGCCUCAGAUUAAACCAGGGCUCUCUAUUUAUGUCCUAAGAAUUCCAGUUGACCCGAAAAAGGAGAAUACCUGUCUGUCUUUCCUUUUUCCGUGCAUGAGUCUAACUUGUGAAUAUGUUCACACUUCAUGGAGCGUGCGAAAAGAGAAAAAAAUCCCUAUCUGCAAUUGCUCAAAAUAAACCUUAUUUUUCGAAAACAUUAAAAGGAGUUGACACAUUUAAGAA